AUGGCUAUCCCGCCAUACGUCAAUAUCAACCAGGACCCGGCAUUGGGCGGCCCGACGUUGACAAUCGAAGACGCGAAAGAUGCGAAACAAAAGGCAAUGUGGGGCACCACCCGCGCAUACCUCCAGAACCACAUCCUCGGCGUCAGCGAAGGACACAGUGCCAUUCUCCGCUUCAACGGUGUCGGAUACCGUGCCUCAGUCGAAGACUCCGCGACAACCGUAAAGUCCGAAUUUCCCGGCCAGAAGUUCGUCAACUUGAAGGUCGGAUACACACAUCCAGUCGAACUGGCCAUACCAAAGGGCGUUACCGCGAGCACACCGCAACCGACACGUUUGCUGUUAGAGGGGCCGGAGAAGGAGGUGGUCAUGCAGUUCGCAGCCAAGAUAAGGAGUUGGAGGGUACCGGAACCGUACAAGGGCAAGGGUAUCUUUGUCAACGGAGAGACGAUCAAGCUCAAGAACAAGAGAGUGGGUGGCAAGUGA